GUUGAACGCGAUGUGGCUCAAAAAAAGAAAUACUUUGUUAUUGUAACAUACCGGACUUCGACACCUGUAUAUAUGUGUAGAAUCCUUUGGAAGACAUCCAGUUGAAAGCCGGCGCGAUUGACGGUGUCACUGUGGUGCCUAGCCUACUGUAGACUACAAUGAGGUUCGCCAAGAUUGUUGGCUAUUUGAAGCCGAUUGGGCCAAUUGUUGUCGGUAUAUCUUUGGGAUUCACGUUGAGUUUGUUAAGCGUGUCUUGGGUUGAUGACAUUUGUGACCCUUGGAAAGGAAAUUAUAUUGAAGAAAUUUCUUCUAAGGAGGGAGAUCUGAAAGCGACUAGGAAGCCCAAUUCAUUUCUAUUGGAGGAUGAUGACGAAGACGUUCAGCCACGAAUUAUAUCUUACAAACCUAUACAACAAGAAGGAAAAGCUCAAAGGCCUUUCAGGUCCAAAUAUGCCAGCACAGAGCUUGGCAUCCGAGAGAACCUCUUUGUUGGCAUUCUUACGUCCAAGAAUACCAUAAACACCAUGGGGGUGUCCGUUAAUCGCACCAUCAGCCAGCACCUGAGCAUGGUGGUGUUCUUCACCGGCAUGAACAACCACAAGGCGCCCCACGGCAUGCAGGUGGUCACCCAUGGUGACGAGCGUCCUGUCUGGAACAUGUACCAGACCAUCAAGUACAUCCUGGAGCAUUACAUCGACGAAUUCAACUGGUUCUACCUGGCGCAAGACGACACGUACACCCAGGCGGACCGCAUCAAGGCCAUAGUCCCUCACCUGAGCAUGAACCGCAAGCUGUACAUGGGCAGUCCCGAGGAGUUCAUUGGCGGCGAGAUGCAGGGCAGGUACUGUUACGGGGGCUUUGGCUACCUGAUCUCCCGGCAAUUGCUGCUCCAACUCAAGGACUCACUGGAGAGCUGUAGGAACGGCAUCCUCACAAACCGUCCGGAUGAGUGGCUGGGGAGGUGUAUCAUCGAUCACACCGGCACCAGCUGUGUGGAUGAGCAUGAGGGCCUGCUCUAUGACCGCUUUGAAAUGGGCAAAAACUCUGACCUCAGCAAAGAGCUGAGUGACCAGUUCAAAACCACCCUCACAGUCCAUCCAGUCUCAGACCCUGAGCAGAUGUACAGACUACACAAGUACUUCACUGAGAUCGAGCUGCAGACAUCUUACCAGGAGAUUGAGAAGCUGCAGGCAGAAAUAAAGAACUUCAGCGCCAUAGCUUUUGAAGGUAACCGAAGUGGUAUGUGGCCUAUCGGGGUCAAUCCCCCCUUUCAACCAAAGACCCGUUUUGAGGUCUUGAAGUGGGAGUACUUCACAGAGGACACCAUCUACUCUUGUCUGGACGGUUCGCCAAAGUGCGAGCUCCAGGGCAUCGACAAGUUGGACGUGGCCGACGUCAUUGACAUUGCUAUGGGGGAGCUGAACAAGAAGUACAAGCCAGUGCUCCACCUCAAGAAGCAGAAGCUCGUCAACGGCUACCGGCGCUUCGACCCCACCCGGGGCAUGGAGUACAUGCUGGACCUGCAGAUGGAGGUGGUCACUCAGAGGGGCCGCAGCCGUUCCAUCACUAAGCGUGUCCAGCUGGUCCGGCCCCUGAGCAACCUCGAGAUCAUCCCCAUGCCUUACGUCACCGAGGCCACCAAGGUGCACAUCAUCUUGCCUCUGGCGAAGGACGACACGAGUCGAGUGAAAUCAUUCCUGGAGGAGUACGCCUCCAACGCCUUGCAGAAGAAGGAGAACGCCGGGCUGACCGUGCUCUUCAUCUACGACUUGGUCCAGGCGCAGCACGUGCACCAGAAUGACAUCUUUGCUGACGUGAAGGCGCAGAUCACCAGGUACGAGCGCAGCUUCCCGGGGCUCAAAGUUCCCUGGAUCAGCGUCAAAACAGACAAUCCGUUCCAAAUCAAAUUCAUGGACAUCAUCUCCAAGAAGCAUCCAGUCGACACGUUGUUCUUCACCGCCACGGUCAACACUGUGGUCAACACUGAGUUUCUCAACCGCUGCCGCAUGAACUCCAUCAGCAACUGGCAGGUCUUCUUCCCCAUCCACUUCCAGGACUUCAACCCCGACAUCGCCUACCACAGGCAGGAGCGGCCGGAGACCAUCGACCUCGUCAGAGACGCGGGCCACUUCGACCGCAACGACUUCGCCGAGGCCUGCUUCUACAACUCCGACUACAUGGCCACGCGGAAUCUGAUGACCCCCGACCUGCAGGAGAACGAGGACCUCCUGGAGACCCUGGACAUCUACGAGAUGUUUGUCAAGUACUCGGGCCUGCACGUGUUCCGUGCCAUCGAGCCGGCGCUGCACCAGAAGCACGUACACCAGACGUGCAACCCACACCUCAGUGAGGACAUCUACCACCGCUGCAUCCAGGGCAACCUGGAGGGGUUGGGCUCGCGGUCCCAGCUGGCUAUGGUCCUGUUUGAGCAGGAGCAAGGGAACAGCACUUAGCUUGCCCCCUGUAAAACUCGCCUGGAGUGGUUUACACCCUUUUUUUAAUGAACUGUGGCUGCACAUUCCUCAAGGAGUCUGCUAGCAUUUUGUCAUUCAUUUUUAUUUACAGCAAACCAAAUGAGCAGCUAGGACUUACUGCUGCUGGUAUCUUUGACAAGGAAGCUCUGUGGUUAGGUUUUCAUUGUUCUGAUAUUGGACAUUGCACCACUUCUUCACUUAUCUUCCACUUUUAAGGACAUGACUCUUACACAAACAGGGUAUAGUCACUCAGAAUCAUCAAUCAGUAGGCACUCCUUAACUGUUCACUACCAAUGUACUUUGAGAAUGAGUGACUGUCAUGGACUUUUUUACAUGCUUUAACUUCGAUAUCCACAUUUUGUUUCCGUGGUGUUGUUUUAAAGGUCAAAUUGAUGAUUUUUAUUUAAAUUAUUUAAAACUCAUUACUACAUAAAGGUCACAGACAAGGGCCCAAAUUUGAGGAUGGAAACAUGGCAGAAGUUGUGGGUGAAUUGUACGUCCAAAUGUCUGUAACAUGAAAGCAGGCUCUUGGUUUUCCACCAUGCUCUCAUGCACAUUAAUUUGACAUUUCCUUGGAAAUGAAUCAAAAGCACCACAGUUAUCUAUCUAAUUAUCCAUUUUCAUUUCACAAUAUUAAGAUAAUGUCAGGUGUUGUUGCGCAAUUAAUGUAAUGUUUCCAGCCUCAGAAGACAGCCUUUCAUGUUUUGCAAGUGUGAGGAAACUUGAAUAAUGUUUUAACUAAAAAUGGUCAAAAUUCUUUAUCUGACUAUAAUGAAUUGUUAGGGAAUAGUGCACACCGGACAGUGCCUUGUGAGCUAAGAAGGUACCGUGUAAAAAUCAGUUAUGCUGAGCAGAUUAGACAGCAUCUGUCAUAGAGUGCCAAUGGUGAGAAAGUUGUCAUUGUCGUCACUGCACUGUUUUUGUCAAAUCAAUCUCUGGAAGAUAGCAAACAUCAAGUGCUUCACUGGUUGAAAUCUUGCACUAAGAAUUUUAUGGUGGAGUUGUAAGUUACUGAAGCUUUCUUCUUUUGCACA